GCUCCAAAGCACUUGAAGUGAACAACACGCUGGGAGCUCUUGCCGGGCAGAUAACGCGGUGCAAUCAGCCAGAAGAUCGCGCAGCACUAUUCAAGGCUGUGCUGCCGGCGAGAACGUUUCUCUCCAGCCUCCGUGACAGCUUGCAGCGCGUGCACUGCCCUGUGCAGCAGCGCUACUUGGAUGAUCACCAAGUCCCUCCUACUACAUAGCGUGCGCCUGCGCGGCAGCCGCACGCACUCCACGACGACCAUGAGCGCGUCGCCGCUCUGGACGUCGGCGAAGGUCUUUGCUGGAUGCAACGGGUUAGGGUUGGGCAUCUCGCUGGCCAAGGACACGCACACGCACCUGGACUUGAUCGGGACGGGCGCCUUCGCCGUGGCCGCGUACGCUACAAAAGGCCCCACCGCCUCUUCGAGAACAUCAGCACUCAUGGUCGGUGCGUGGGCCACGCGAUUGGCGUCCUUCCUCUUCUACCGCGCGCUGGGCCAUCGCGAUGGGCGCCUCGAGGGCACGACGAAGACGCUACAAGGGUGUGUGGGCUUCUGGUUCGUGUCGUUCGUGUGGGGUUGGCUCACUUUACUGCCACACGCGCUCGGCGCCUCCGCACCGAAAGUCGAGAACAAGGUAUUGAGAAGGUCGGGCCUGGCCUUGUUUGCGCUAGGUUUGGCGACAGAAGUCAUGGCCGACUUCCAGAAGUUCUUUUUCAAGAGAAACCACAAGGGCUUUUGCGACGUGGGCCUGUGGUCGGUGUCGCAGCACCCGAACUGGUUCGGCAAUCUUUGUUUGUGGAGCGGCAUCACGCUGUACAACGCGCCGGGGCUCUCGCCCGUGAAACUGGCGCUCGCGGCGGCGUCGCCGGUCUUCCUGGGAGCGUUGUUCGGUGCCCAGGCCUCGGGGUCCCUGACGCCGGCCGUGGAGCUGUCGCAGGCGCGCUACGGCUCGGACCCGCGCUUCGCCGCGUAUUUGGAGAACACGCCUUUAUUCAUGCCGCGCGUCGACAAGUGGCUCGCGGCGCUGGCGUCGGGGCUCGUCGGGAAGGGGUGGGGGCCGGAGUUGUAAGAGUUCUCCUCUC